UUUGUGUGAAUUUAUGAAUCAGUAAGACGGCAGAAGCGGUGAUGACGUCAGCAGCCGAACGUGAGCCACGUGAAUGAAUAAUACAUCUUCUGGCUGUGAUCUAAUGAAGCAGUGAGUGAAUAAUUCAGCGCGUCCCCACUGUGGAGCUCCUGCGCGGACAUGGAGCACAUCACCGACUGCUCUUCACCAGAAACCGAUCUCUGAGCAUCAGGUCCUCUGUGUGUCCUCGCUUUCUGUUCCUCACCAUGCAGAAGUGGCUGCUGGAGGAACCUCAGUGAAAGAGACUUGAGCGUGAGAGAGAGACGAGGAGCUGAAGAUUAAAGUGAGGAGGAAACACUUCAGUGUGUGUCUGAAGAUGAUGAGCUCUGUUUUUGCUAAGCUGAAUCCUCGGCGGAUCGAGUGGGAGGCGUCAUGGUACGGUCUACACUCUCGUGUGCUGAGAACCAAGCCGUUGCACUCCAUGCAGGAGAGUUCUGGGGAUCUACACGGAACCACCAGACUGGCGCAGGUUCUCACCACCGUGGACUUGGUGUCUCUGGGUGUGGGCAGCUGCGUGGGCACGGGCAUGUACGUGGUCGCCGGGUUGGUUGCUAAGGAAAUGGCUGGACCAGGUGUGAUCUUAUCAUUUAUCAUCGCUGCUGUGGCUUCGAUCCUGUCAGGCGUGUGCUAUGCUGAGUUUGGCGUGCGAGUGCCAAAGACCACCGGCUCGGCGUACACCUACAGCUACGUGACGGUGGGGGAGUUUGUGGCCUUCUUCAUCGGGUGGAACCUCAUUCUGGAGUACCUGAUCGGCACGGCGGCCGGAGCGAGCGCUCUCAGCAGCAUGUUUGACUCUCUGGCCAACCACAGCAUCAGCCGCUACAUGAUCACACACCUGGGCACGCUGAACGGUCUCGGUAAAGGAGAGGAAUCGUAUCCUGACCUGCUCGCUCUGAUCAUCGCUGCUCUCGUGACCGUGAUCGUAGCCCUCGGAGUAAAGAACUCAGUGAGCUUCAAUAACAUCCUGAACGUGGUGAAUCUUCUGGUGUGGGUGUUUGUGGUGAUCGCAGGACUCUUCUUUCUGUCCGGAGAGAACUGGGAGGACGGCAGGUUUCUGCCCUACGGCUGGUCGGGGGUGAUGCAGGGAGCUGCUACGUGUUUCUACGCCUUCAUCGGGUUUGAUAUUAUUGCCACUACAGGAGAAGAAGCUAAAAGUCCCAACACCUCGAUUCCUUACGCCAUCACGGCGUCACUCAUCACGUGUCUGACAGCAUACAUCUCUGUGAGUGUGAUCCUCACUCUGAUGGUGCCCUAUAAUCUGAUUGAUGGAGACGCUCCUCUGAUGGAGAUGUUCGCUGUUCACGGUUUCAUGGCAGGGAAAUACAUUGUGGCGGUCGGAGCCAUCGCAGGACUGACAGUCAGUUUACUGGGAUCUCUUUUCCCUAUGCCUCGAGUCAUCUACGCCAUGGCAGGGGACGGGCUGCUCUUCAGGUUCCUGUCCCAUGUGAGUCCGUACACAGAGACCCCAGUGGUGGCGUGUGCCGUGUCUGGGUUCCUAGCAGCGUUCCUGGCUCUGCUGGUCAGUCUGAGGGACCUGAUUGAGAUGAUGUCCAUCGGCACAUUGCUGGCGUACACGCUGGUGUCUGUGUGUGUGCUACUGCUGCGCUAUCAGCCUGAAGGAGACGGAUUCACAGACGUUCUCCCAGACGAGUUUCAGAAGAGUAAAGAGGGCGUGCUGGCGGAUCGUGAGCGUGACAUUUACUCCUCCACCGCUGAUGGAGACGAGUAUGGCAACACGUGCGGAGCCAAAAACCUUCCCUCACAAGGUGACGAUGAGAUGCUGAUCAGCAAAUCAGACUCCGGUGGCUACCAGUCAGAGUCCUCGGGGUACAGUGAGGGCGAGAAAGGGGCGGAGCUUGAUGACUCAGACAGUGCUGUGACGUCCAUGUUGAAGCGAGUGCUCGGUGGGAAUUACUACACACUUCGGAUGCGACUUGGACUUCCAGAACCGGGCUCUCAGCCCACACCAGCUACAGGACGCACCGUCACCUACUGCGUCCUCGUCCUGUUUGUCCUCACCUUCCUGCUUUGGGCCUUCAUCAUAUAUGGCCUCGACCGAGCCUCAUCAGGUGCUUGUUGGGUUCUGGUCCCGCUCGUCAUCGGCAUCAUCGUCCUUAUGGCCUCUUUAAUCAUCGUUAUUCUACAGCAGCCUCAGAGUCCCAAAAGGUUACCGUACAUGGCACCAUGCGUCCCUUUUGUGCCCACAGCUGCCAUUUUGGUGAACAUCUACCUGAUGCUCAAGCUGUCCAGCAUUACCUGGGUCCGCUUCGUUGUGUGGUGCUCUAUAGGUGUGAUGAUUUAUUUUGGAUAUGGGAUGUGGAACAGUUCUCUGGAGCUGAUUGCACGGGAGGAGGAAGCCCACGCCAGCUCGUAUCAGAGGUAUGACGCUGAAGUGGAUGACAGCUUCAGGGGGGGUGUUGACCUUCACGCUCAGGAGGAUGGAGAAGGAGGACUCUAUCAGGGCUGGGCAGCUGAGGAGAGGGGCUACCAGAACCAGAACCAGGACCAGAACCAGUACCAGAACUACCAGCAGUAGGUGAUGAACACAGGACGUUGACCAGAGGUCAGCAAUCCCGAGUCAGGAGAAGUCGAGGUUUCCAGCAGCUGCUCAGUGAGGAUCUGCCUCUAGUGUGUGUGAAAGUGUUGACUCUCUUUACUGUUUAUUCAACUUUAUUUUAGUGCUGUUUUGGUUUUAUUUGCUUGAACGUGGUAUAUUUAUGUUUAUAAACUUAAGAAUUAUUGGCACCCUUCAUGAAAAAUAAGGCACUCACAAGUCGCUCACACGUCACUCACACGGCACUCA